CUUUAGUCUUUACUCUUUCGGUACAAACUCGAAUAUCUUCAUUUACCGCUUACUUGACAUUUUUACAAUUUUCUGUGAGAAUCGUAUUGUGAUACGUAGAACUUUUUCGCAGCUGAUCUGUUUUCAGAAUAUGGAUUUGUAAAAUCCUUAUUAAUUCAAAAGAUAUGGCGCCGUCAAAUCGGCAAAGAAACCAUUCUAUUUCUAGUGGCAGGAAAGAGGGCAAUAAAAAACCAUUUCCUCGUAAAACUUCAGGAAACACAAGGAAAGAAGAAGUAAUAACAAAUCAAGAAUUCAUAGACCAAGUGGGCCUGUUCUAUCCAAGUAAUGAUACUGCAUUCAAAGCGCUACUUUCUGCUCGGUUUUGUGCAGCUGUAUGGAGCCAUAUAACCGAUUGCGAUGAAACCUACAAUUACUGGGAACCGAGCCACUAUUUACUCUUUGGCAAGGGCAUGCAGACUUGGGAGUACAGCCCAGAGUAUGCUCUUCGCUCCUACACCUACCUCAUGGUUCACGUCGUGCCGGCCUGGCUGUACCAUGUGUUACUGCAGCCCAACAAAAUGCUCAUCUUUUACUUUUCCCGCUGCCUGCUUGGUCUCUGCUGCGCCCUCUGUGAAGUUUACUUCUACAAGAGCAUUUGUAGAGAGUUUGGCAUCCAUGUGGCCCGUGUUAUGCUGGUUGCGAUGUUGUUCAACGCAGGAAUGUUUAUCUCUAGCACAGCGUUUCUCCCUUCCAGCUUUUCAAUGUACAUGACGAUGUUAUCGAUGGGGGCUUGGUUCCAACGGAAGUAUGAACUUGCGGUGUUUGCUACAGCCCUAUCGGCCUUCCUCAGCUGGCCGUUUGCGGCUCUGAUUGGUGUGCCAAUAGCAUUCGACAUGCUGUUCCGUCGCAAGGACUGGUGGCUGUUCGCUCAGUGGAGUCUGAUUGCUUGUGCCGCCAUCUUACUGCCGAUGGCUCGCAUUGACUCACUCUACUACGGUCGUCUGGUUGUGGCUCCUCUCAAUAUUGUGUUUUACAACGUUUUCACGACCCAUGGUCCAGACUUGUACGGUGUGGAACCUUGGUAUUUUUACAUCAUCAACGGGUUUCUCAACUUCAACAUCAUAUUCAUCGCUGCUCUUCUCACUCCCCUUGCUUUGGUAGCCGUCAAGCUAGUUGUGCCUGUCAAGUUGCAUCACGCCCAGUUUCUCCCGUACUGGCUCUCUCUCUCACCUCUCUAUCUCUGGCUGUUAGUCUUCUGUCUGCAACCUCACAAGGAGGAGAGGUUCCUGUUCCCCGUGUACCCUCUCAUCUGUCUAUGUGGAGGAGUGACGCUGGAUAGUGUACAGAAGCUGUGGUUCCGACUGGUCGUCAGGUCGGGUAUCCACUACCUCAACCACACCAUGUAUCUGCUGCUCCCUGCGCUUCUUCUCACCUCCACGCUUGGAGUGUCUCGGAUACUCGCCUUGUACAAAGGUUAUUCAGCGCCUAUGGAUGUAUUCAUUGAACUAAACAAGCUGACAGCGGAAGGAGGAAUUUCCCCCGAUCAUCACGUUAACAUCUGUAUGGGCAAAGAAUGGUAUCGGUAUCCAUCUUCAUUCUUCCUACCUUCAGACAAAUGGGAGCUGCAGUUUUUAAAGUGUGAGUUUCGGGGUCAGUUGCCACAACCGUUCUCUCUGUUGGAGAAUGGAACGAUGGUUGUGCCUCCGAACAUGAACGAUGCUAAUCUUGAGGAGCCUUCAAGAUAUGUUGAUCCUUCCACCUGCCACUUUAUCGUGGAUCUCGACACUGGAGAGGAAUCGGAGGGAGAACCCAACUACUCGACUCAAACUGAUAAAUGGACCAUUGUCAAGACUGUACCAUUCCUGAACCCUGCCAGAUCACACAGAUUUUUCCGUGCUUUCUACAUUCCAUUUCUCUGGGAGAAACAUUGUCAGUUUUCAAACUACAAUCUGCUCAAGGCCAAAAAACACCGACACAAUCAAAACAGAUCUCCACAAAGCCAAACUGUUAGGAUGACGAGGUAGAAAUUCCCAUUACAGACUGUUUGAUUUUGUGCGGUUACUGCUGUUGUUACUGAUGGUCAUAUACCUCUCUGGUUGCCAAAUAAAGCUUGAAGUAAUGACUUUUGUAGCUACAUGAUAGCAACUGAUGUACAGCGACGCAAUUUCAUUCCAUUGUAGCAUUUAAUCAGAUAUGUUGUUACUUUUCUGUAAAUUCAAAACUACUAUUAAAAAUGAUUUUCUAGUUAGAUAAGUUAUAUGGCGUAGGUUAGGUGAAACGAGAUGCUAAAUCCCAGCACUUACAGACUUGUUUGAAACAUAAAAAUUCUGUUAGAAAAAUACUGUAAGAAUUACAUAAAGUUUUAGUUUUGUGUUCAUUUUGUAUGCAUAAACAGAGCAAUGUGUCCUAGCAUCUUGUUGAAUAUAUCAUUUGCUAGGAUCAGAAAAGUUAUAAUUGCUAGUUUGUUGUUCAACAAAGUGUAUAGACUCCCUACUGAUAUUUGCCACCAGUUAUUGCUAAGGGAUAAGAUCGAUAGAGAAUUCUGGUAGUUAAAGAAAUCCGUUUAAUAAAGUAUGUGAACUUUUUUCCUCUACAGAAUAGUGUUUGAUAAAAGGGAAAUAGUGGUGAUGAAUUUACCGAAAAGAUUCAAUUACUUUUGUGUGUUGUAUUUUUUAUGUUGCAAUUUGAUCGGUGAAAAUUAUUGUUUAUUUUCCUCUAAUUACACGAGUAGUUACCGCUGUCGUGACAUAUUAUAUAGUAUAUUCAACAAGAAGCGUUAUCAAUUUACACAAAAUGUAGCUGUAUUCAGCGUUAACGUAACUAAGCUCCAGUAUGUUAAGACUUUAUUUAACGAGUUGUUCAUUCCAAUUUUAGUAGUAAGUCAACUAGUUUUAGAAUAUUGUUAACGUUCAUUCAUGAUUGUACAUAGUUUGGUCACCUGUGUCUAAGCAUCAUCAAAGGUAACUGUUUUGAGGUUAAAUUUAAUUUAUUACUGCAGUAGAACUUCAUAUCUAACCUUAUAUACCCAACAGCCUAAAACUGCUUUUGCUCGCCUUCUUCCUGUGUUUGUUAACAUCAAACAUGUUUGCAUUUAGGUCCUCAAAUCAUUUCGUAGAACUGAUGGGAGAAAAUGUUGUAUUUGUUUUACUGUGAGUUAUUUAUAUUUAUGGAGGAUUUCUUUAAUCCUUUUCCUCUCCCAUUUACCGCCACAUUAGAACCCCUCAUAUCCGACCUCGGCAUAACCGACUCCUCGGGAUAUCCGACCUAGUGUGGCCGAUCACGGAUGUUGCAUAAUCACGGCAGACGACCACCGUUGUCGCUAAGACAACAAGAUAUGCUUAUAGGUAUUGCCGUGGUUGUGGAAGAUGAUAGGAUUUGAGGGGUUCUACAGUACUUAAAUUCACCAGCUUUUGCCUCUAGUCCUGUUCGAAAGAUAUGAGGGGUUCUAUUCUAUUCUAUCACAAGUGAAACUCUUUUAUAUUAAUUUAUUUUGUUACCAUAGGACAAAAAGCACGUUUUCAUAUAAAAAAUCAUAAUACUUGAAACUUUAUAACGGCACUAUCUGUGGGGUACAAUGAAAUUUAUACAGCUUGCUCAGACACUUACAAUUUCUAAAACUGUUAUUACAUUUAUGUAUAGCUGAACAUUGUUGUUAAUGGAAAGCUAGCUCUAGUUUAGAUUUCCUAACCCUAACACACAAACUGAUGUCCUAAUUUUUGCAUAUAAAAUGUAUCUAUCUAGUCAUUUUUAUGUUAAUUCCCUAUAUUAAUAUUAAGGCAAAGUAGAACACAUGAAAAUCAGUUAACCCAUUGAGGCUGUGUUACGACUUACGAGUGUAGCUCGUCGCGGUGUGAUAGCCACAACCCACUAACGCUUACGUUGUUCGUUGAAUCCCACUUACCAGCACUAGAAUCUAUAAUUGAAUAAGCUAGAAUCACUGGCGCUCACUUUGGCUAAGUUGAAUAACGUGUCGAACUGGCAGGUGUAGCUGCAGUUAAAUGUGUGGGUUUGAAUCCCGUUCAUGUGCAAUACAUAUUAAGCUUGCUGGUGUGUGGCCGGUAGAAGGGCCCACUCUAAAUAAACGGUGUUGGGGUUCGAUUCAAAUUCCCGUGUGCAAAAAUGGGUUAGCGUUCUUUUAAACAACUAACUUCUUAAUUAUUCAGUAAACAGAAAGCACCAAUGUGCAAGUUAAGGUCUUUGUGCAACUAGUCAUUUGUCAUAAAAACUGUACAUUUUUCAUAAUGUAAUUAUACAUCUUUAUCAAGGGGUUAUAUUUGUGUAAUUAUAGUCUACAUUUUAUUAUUUUGUAAAUAAGUAGGCUUAUUUUCAAGUUUUGUUGAAUUGUGCUUUUUAACUGACAUUUAUUGUUUUACGGAUUAUUUAUACAGCAUGGAAAAUUAAAUGUUUUAUGAUUACUAUUUAUUUGAUCAUGUAGCCUAUAAA